AUGUAUUCCUACUCAUGCGCUUUCUGUACCACCCGCUCUAUACAAACUUCUUUUGGCUACGCUGCAAAGCCUAUCAAGCUGGAUCAGAUCUCUGCGCCGACUCCUGGUGCAUCCUUCUCGACAGCAGACAGCAUCCUUAUCCUGUUCCUCCUCAUCCUACUCUUUUGUCUAUGGAUCACCAUUCUUUCGCCAUCAAGACUCCUCCCAGCUGCCUGCUACAUCGACGAAGAGACGAGCCCAACGCUGGACAAGGUUCAUGCAUCGAGUGCGCAAGACAGUUCACUACAACAGCGCAUAUCAGACACUCUGGACCGCAUCGAACUCCUGAUCGAAUCCGUCGAACGGCGCUUCUUGUCUGGACCAACACAGACCUCGUUCGAUGAGGACCAUCAACAGUACUGGCUUACAAUACCCUCUUCCUUCUUUCUCUGCAUACUCUUCAGACUAGUCUUGUGCGUCUCUUCAGAUGCACGUCGCUUUCAGGGGCGGAUACUCCUUCACGGUGGACUUCCCCGCUACGCCCUAUGCGAUCCGUGCAAGGAGUUGGCAUACAUGGAAGAUGUCAUGGCUGUGCCACCGUACACAGAACACGAAGAUCCAGGAGACGUCAUCAUUGCCAUUCACUAG